CCCCUGCUGCCUGGAGAACAACACAGAGAGACAUUGUGGGAUGCCUCGCCUUCAGCAGCUGACAUCAUAAUUGAGAAAGCAAUGAGGAGGCGGAAACAGUUCGACGCCUCAAGGGAUGCACAGACCGGUGCAACCUGUUCGGUAGACCGGAAUCCAUCCUCAGCUUCUGGACACACCAGCUUGAACACGGUAUUUUGAUGCUGCAGCCACCAGGUCGUUUGACUAUGGAGUCCAUCAACAUGAUACACACUCUCAGGUGGCGCCCCCUGCAGACUCCUUGCAGUACUGCGGCGCUCUACUCCGUACAGUACCAAGGCGAGUUCGAGCGGACGGCCCCGAACGCAACCUGGCUGGACGUUUACGAGUGCCAGAACAUUUCGCACACCCACUGCGACGUGACCUUGGACUUGGUCUCCGACUCCGACUACAACAUCCGCGUCAGAGCGCAGUGCGAGUCGCAGAUUUCGCAGUGGACCUGCCUGAGUCCGCCUUUUAACAGAAAGGACACUUUGCUGACAGUGCCCCAAAUGGCGGUCUCUGCGGUGGGCUACGCCCUUCUAGUGACCUUUGACCAGGCCCCGCCCACAGCCUCCAUCAACGUGACGGUGUGGAAGCGAGGCGACAAGGCCCAGGCGGACGUCUACACCAUCUUGGCGGAGGAGAAGGUGCUGCGUGUCGCCGCCCUGCAGGAGGGAGUGGUGUACUGCCUCAAAGCGCACAUGAUCCUGGAGCAGCUGAGCCGAACGGGCAGCACCGAAAUCCACUGUGUGCCUAUCAAAGGUACACACGCUCCCUGGAAGAGCACCACGACUGUGGUGGUCACUCUGGUCCUCAUGGCGGGUGUCCUCCUUGCCACCUUCUGGACCGUGGUCCACUGCCGGGCACACGACUCCCACCAGUGUACUUACAAGGAGCCGCUGCCAAGCUCCCUGGUUAGUUUGAUGACGAUGAUGAUGAAGCUGUUGAUUAGGUACACCUUAGUUCAGGGGUGUCAAACUCAUUUUAGCUCAGGGGCCACAUUGAGGAAAAUCUGUGCACACCGACGGGCCGGACUAUUAAAAUCAUGGCAUUAAAACUAAAAAAUAAAAGUUGUCUUUCUCUUACUUUGGCCAAAAAUAGAACAAACACAUUCUGAAAAUGUUACAAUAAAAAUAUAGCAAAAAAUACCGGCAGCGGUAAAGUUAAGAUCCAUGAAGGAAAGAAG